ACAGUCUUCCAUCAUCGUGUCGCGCAACACAACCACCACUCAGUCUCACUCCCAAACACUCGUAUUCUUCUUCCUUUCGUUGCAUGAGCGUGCAGAACCUCAACACCUUCGACCCGUUCGCCGACGAGGCCGACCCCUUGAGUAACAACAAGGACGUCGGCUCUCAGCAGAAUUACAUCCAUAUCCGUAUUCAACAGAGGAAUGGGCGCAAGACGCUGACGACCCUACAAGGUUUGCCCAAGGAAUAUGAUGCCAAGAAGGUGUUAAAGGCCUUACGCAAGGAAUUUGCCUGUAACGGGACGCUCGUCGAGGACGAAGAGAUGGGACAGGUCAUCCAGCUGCAGGGUGACCAUCGGCUCAAGAUCUCCACCUUCCUCACCGAAGAGGGAAUUCCGAAGAACACCAUCAAGCUGCACGGGUUCUAGUUCGGCGUCUUUCACCUUUCCUUCAUGAGUUUGCGCUGAGAAGUGGAUGGAGAUGCCUGCCUGUUUGUUCGUCUACUACAUACAUGCGCCCCCACACUUCGACGUGCUUACUCUGAUGACGUUGACAAUCAACAUGCACGACUCUCAGUCUCCGAUAUUUCUCCUUCUCUCUUCUACUUCAUGAUCUUUGUGAUGAUGUCUUUUGUUGUUGUUGUAUGUGACGAUCUUUCACUUUCUCCCAAUGAUGAAGUAUAUUGCUGCUCGUUGUACCCAUU